AUGACUGUGACACGAAGCAUACUCGAUGCAUUUACUUUCACGAUCCCUAUUUUCUAAAUAUAAACUUUUUAUUUAAUCAAACAAAUCGAUUAUUUUCUUAUUCUAAGCUUUCCAGAAACAUGGCAUCUUCAAGUUCAAGCUCUCCAUGCGCAGCUUGCAAAUUCCUAAGGAGAAAAUGCACACAAGAAUGUGUAUUCGCUCCAUAUUUCCCACCAGAUCAACCUCACAAGUUCGCAUACGUUCACAAAAUUUUCGGAGCAAGUAACGUUGCUAAGCUUCUCAACGACCUCGUCUCUAACCAAAGAGAAGACGCCGUUAACUCUCUUUUCUAUGAAGCCGAAGCGCGACUUCGCGACCCUGUCUACGGUUGUGUAGGUUUAAUCUCUAUCCUUCAACAUCGCCUUAAACAGCUUCAACACGACCUUGACAACGCCAAUAAAGAGCUCGCCUCUUACUCUGCUCCUAAUGCUAUGCUUCCUAUGCAUCCUCAACCAAAUUUUAUGUCUUUACCACCUCAACCGCAGCGACCCUCUUCUGCUUCUUCUUCAGCGUCUGUGCUUACUCAACAGCAGCUUCAUAACUUGUUGCCAAUGUUGACUAUUCCAACUGAGCAACUAGUGUACCAUCAGCAACAUCAAGAUAUUUUCGAGACGCAGCAAUUAGCAACGGUUAACGCGGUUGCGAGAGACCAACAUAAUGAAAUGUUUAGAGCGUAUGGAGGAGGAAGUAAUAGUCCACAUCAUCAUCAAAACCAACCUCAAGUUGAUAUUUUGAGGUUUAAUAGUGGUUUUGACUCUGUACCGACCGGAUCUGUUACAACAACCGGGUUUAAUCAAUUAAGCUCCGGCGGUUCAACCAAAACCAGAAUGUCACCAUCUUUAGCUCGUGAUGGUAACGUUGUUGAAAGUCCUCCUUCUAAUGAUAACUAUCAUACGGAUGAGCAAUUACAUCAUCAUCAACAACAUAAUGGGGCUCAGUUGUUCAUACCUACACAAUCUUCUCAACCGCUACCGCUUCAAACGCAGCCGAAUUCAGGGAGCCAGGAGGAUGGAAGGAGUCUCAUUGGUUCAUCUCAGUAAUUAAUCAAAAAGAAAGAGAGAUUAAAAGUUAAUAAUACGGCCUUUGACCUUCAAGUUGGAAACUCUUGACUUUGCUCAAGGCAUUACGGGACAAACGAGUUUUUUCUUCCCUUCUAAUUUUUUCGCACGUCCAAAAGCGAAAUGACACUCAACAUAUAAAAGUCAGCGAUAUUUGGUUAAUUCUGAGUUUUGUUGAAGAGUAUAACCUAAAGGUUCGUAUCAAAUUGAACAAAAGGCUUCCCCUCCAUCU